GGGAUCAUAAAUUUCGAUCGUAUACCUGAUAUUUCUUACACGGUGAAAGUUCAGAAUAUGAUUGUUCAUUCAUUCGAUGGUUCUUGAGUUCUUGACUUUUGGAAUUCUCGAGUGAAUGGACUAGUGUUUUACUCACCAUAUCGCUUCAUAUAUUUCUUGGCCCGUCUCAAAUUUGGGGUUAUUUAUUUGAUGAAUGAGAGUCAAUUUAUUACUCUAUAUCUUUAAUUCAUUCUCAAGCACAAUCAAUGUCAAAACAUAUUUAUACUUUACCUACUGAUCGACCGUGUUCAAAUAUACUUUUACAACGGAAGCGCUCUUACCAUUAUACCUAUUCAAGGCAUCUCACAACACAAGCGCUCUCAUGAUAAUUCCUUUUCAACGUACCUCGAAACAAGCGCUCUCAUGAUAAUUCCUUCCAACAACAUUUUGGAUCCUUUUUUUGUUAUUAAUAUCUCUUUUCCCUACAAGUUUCAUCCUCAUCUCGAACAAAUCCAAUUCUACAACACCAUGGAUAAAUCCCAAAUUUCCAAUUACGCACUACCUAACAUUCAACCAUCGGAAUCGGAGAAACCACCUACUCCAAUCACUUGUCGACAAGAUUCAACUUCAACCAUCCAUAAAGGUUUAAUCACAUAUGAUGAUCUUCCAUCAUGGCAUCAAGAUAAUCCUUCAAUAUUUACUUCCUAUCGACCAAUCACUCACUCUCUUCGGGAUUCUCUCAAGACUUUCUUCACACUCCACAACGAAACAUUCAAUAUUCAUACUCAUUCGAUUCCGUUUUUGAUAUGUCUUCUCCUCACCGGUCUUAUCUUUUACAUCUUUUCAAUAUAUUUUCCCAAAAGUCCAUUGGUUGAUCGAUUCAUCUUUUCCAUUUUCUUCUGGACAACUAUGAUUUGUAUGGGGUUUAGUAUGGCCUAUCAUACAUUGAUGAAUCAUUCGAAACAUGUGGCGGAGGUAUGGUUGAAGUUGGAUUUUUUGGGAAUAGUAGUUGCGACUUUGGGGGAUUUUGUGACGGCGAUUUAUGUAGCUUUUUAUUGUGAAUGGAAGUUACAAGUUGGAUAUUGGGUUAUGGUAUUGGUUUUUAUUUUGAUUUUCCCUGUCCCUCUUCUCUAUCUUUUCCCCUUUCCUCCUUUCUCAUAUCCUCUCCCCCCUUCUACUCUCCACCUCUCUUCUCAUCUUCACCCCUCUUCUUCCUCUUUCCUCUUCUCAUCUUCACCCCUCUUCUUCCUCUUUCCUCUUCCUCUUUCCACCUCCACUCUCCUCCACCUUCACUCUUCUUCCCCUUUCCUCCCUUCUCAUCUCCACCUCUGCCUUCUUCUCUUCCACUCUCCUCCAUCUCUACUUCUAUACUCUCCUCCACCUCUCCUCUCCUCUCUCUCCAUCACCACCUCAAACCUUCACAUGGUACUCAUAAACGGUCAAAAUACUCACAUCCUCUUAGAUAAUAACUCUCACUUCAACAAUCCUCAUCGUUCUACUACAUCCAAAAUUUCAAGGUCCUCGUUGGCGUACUUUUCGAGUAUGUAUUUUUAUAGGAACAGGAUGUUCGGCUUUUGCACCUAUUAUUCAUGCCAUUGUUUAUUUUGGUUGGGAUUAUGUUGUUAAUGGAACUGGUAUGCCUUGGUAUCUUGGAGAAGGAGGAUUUCUUAUUCUUGGAGCAGUGAUUUAUAGUCUACGUAUACCAGAAUGUUACUUUCCGGGUAAAUUCGAUAUAUUAGGUCAUUCGCAUCAAAUUUUCCAUAUUUUAGUUGUGGCAGCAUCGAUAAUGCAUUUGGUGGGGUUGUUAAAAGCAUAUGAACAUGAGUAUUAUUAUCCGAGAUGUGCGAUGAGGUAAUUUGUGGGGUUGGGGAAAUUUAGCGGAUGGGAAUUGGAGAGAAGGUGGGGAAGAUUAAAAAGUUGGGAGGAAAUUCUAAAGAAAUGGAAUUGUGGUUGAGAUGGUAAUGGGAAAAGAGGUGUUUGGUGUUUUGAAUUUUGAGAAUUAUGAUGGCUGGAUUUGAGAUGGCUGGAAAAGUUUAUAGUGAUUAUUUGAUCACUCGUGAGGUAGACUGUUGUAUGUUGGGGAAUUACUUUUAUGAUAAAGUAGAAUGGGUAUAGUUGUUGUGUUGUGUUGUUUUGGACUUGGACUUGGAUUUGGACUUGGACUUGGACUUGGAUUUGGACUUGGACUUGGAUUUGGACUUGGACUUGAUCUUAGUCUUGGUCUUGGUCUUGGUCUUGGUCUUGGUAGUUUGGUAGUUUGGUAUAUGAAUGAGUAAUGAUAAUGGAUUUAUGAGUUAUGAUUCUUUUGUUUUGGUCUUCUUUCGGUUUUAAUGUAAAAAUAUAAUUCCCA